UUCACCAUUUCCAUCACUCCCAACAUUCUCUCCAAAGCACACACAGCCUAAUUUCCCAAACCAUUCAAGACUUUUUGGUGUCAUUGAAAUGGCUUCAAAGGCACUAGCUUCAACUACUCUCCUCCUCACCCUCAACCUCCUCUUCUUCACUCUAGUCAGUUCCAAUUAUGUCCCAUGCCCACCACCACCAUCAAAAACACCCAGCCACCACCACUACCCAUCUCCUCCAAACCACUACCCAUCUCCUCCACCAGCCAAGGCCACUUGCCCUACAGACACCCUUAAGUUGGGUGUGUGUGCCAACUUGCUCAAUGAUUUGGUGCACCUAGUCGUUGGAACCCCGGCGAUGACUCCUUGCUGCUCCCUCAUUGGGGGACUUGCUGAUCUUGAAGCUGCUAUUUGCCUUUGCACUGCCAUUAAAGCUAAUGCCUUGGGGAUUAAUCUUGAUGUUCCUGUUUCUUUGGGCUUGUUGCUGAAUUACUGUGGAAAGAAAGUCCCCACUGGCUUCCAAUGUGCUUAGAGCUGCUUUUGUUUAUUUCUCUCACAAUGUAUUGUAUUUCUUUCUUUUGAACUUUUUCACUGUUUUCACUUAUAUUGUUGUGGAGUAUUUACAACAAAUAAUUAUGGGUACUGAAAUGAAUAAUUUCUUCGAAGGAAAAAAUGUAAGCAAUGUGUAAUGGGUUCUAUUGGAAGGGUUGAUCUGAUCCCAUCACUAUAAGAAAAAUUAUUGCCUCGCAAUUUCCAUUUCUCA